AGUCUUGCUGCCAUUGCCGCCGCGUCGACACGUAUGACGACACAGGCUAAAAAGUUCGCGCGUAACUUUUUUGAAACGUUCGAAAGUGCUUGUGUUGGUGACGUGAGCGUUCGGAUUUUGACGAAAUAACAACAACAUGUACGACUGACCCUAAAGACGAUAGUGUUAAAGUUGUGAUAUAAGUGAACUUAAUUAGAAAAUUGACAGUGCUGUGAAAUAGUGACGUCAAAAUGAGGAGCAGAGUGCAAUUUGUUGCGACGGCGGCGCUUGUAUUAUUUGCUGUAUCUUGGUGUGAGGGGGCAAGAGAUGCAUCGUGUCCUAGAAUAUGUGGACCCGCGCUGCAAGGAGAACCAGUGUGCGCUACAGAUGGCUACAUCUACCCAUCUCUUUGUGAAAUGAGGAAGAAAACAUGUGGAAAAGGUGUUCGAUUGGCUCCUGAUCAAGGAUCCUGCUCUCGAGCUCAAGGUUCCAAAUGUGAGCAUCGUUGCACUUCUGAAAGGGAUCCAGUCUGUGGAACUAAUGGCAGAACUUAUUUAAACAGAUGUAUGCUGCAAGUUGAAAUAUGCAGGGUCGGAAUCGGCUUGUCUCACUUGGGGGCAUGUAACAAUAUCAGCGCUCACAGAGAGAAUUGUCCCGUCGAUUGUUCCCAAGCUCCCUUCGACGGGCCCAUUUGUGGUUCCGAUGGAAAUGUUUAUAAGAGCACCUGUCAGAUGAAAUUGCUUACAUGCGGUCAAGGAGUAGUAAGAACCAGCAAAAAGCAUUGCCAGACGACGCGUCAUUGCCGCGAGUCUUGUUGGCGAGUAGCUCGGCCUACUUGCGGUUCUGAUGGAAAACUUUACGCAAAUGCCUGCAGGAUGAAAGCCACUAAUUGCGGAAAACAUGUCUUCGAAGUGCCUAUGGCAUUUUGCGUGUCCCAAGAGCGUACUUCAGGAGGUGAAUCAUGUCCUACCGAUUGUUCUGGACAAAAGGAAAAACUGGUUUGUGGUUCCGAUGAAAACAUUUACAGAAAUGAAUGCGAAAUGAAGAUGCUGAACUGUGGCGCCAGUAACAGAAAGAUCGUAAAGAAAGUUGAUAUGGAGAAAUGCAAAUCAAAGAUGAACAAGUGCCUCCGAGUGAAAUGCUCUGCAGAUUACGACCCCGUAUGCGGCACUGAUGCCAACGUAUACAACAACCCUUGUCAUCUUAAAGUGGCUACUUGUCUGAAAGGAGUUCAGCUCGCCCACUUUGGCAAUUGCACAGUGCUGCCACGACUGGAGAAAGAUUGCGCUGAUAAUUGUGACAAUGCUAUAGAAAAACCUGUCUGCGGGUCAGAUGGCAACGUAUACAAGUCAGAGUGUGAUCUCCGCCGCGUAACGUGCGGCCAGCACGUGGUCGUGGUGGCGGCGUCCCACUGCCGGACCACCGCGCUCUGCAACGAGCCGUGCCCAGACACGCCCGCCUUCGUGUGCGGAUCGGACAACAAGUUCUACAAGAACGAGUGCAUCAUGAAGAAGGAGAACUGCGGGAAACACGUGUAUGUAGUCCCGUUAAAACGGUGCCUGUCCCGGUUCCAAUAUUCAGGGUGUGCGCGAGUGUGUCCUCCAGAAUACGACCCCGUAUGCGGAACAGAUGAAAAGACUUACUCCAACAAAUGCUUCUUGGAAAUGGAGAAUUGUCGAUCAAGGAGUCUCGUCCAAUUGAAAUACUUGGGAACAUGUUCCGAACCCAUAGCAGAGGAGCCCAAGAACUACCUUUACCGAUAAAUUUAGGUAAUCGAUUAUUACGUUCUAUUCGAGUUCUUACGUCGCAUCCUGAAGCCAUAUAAACUUGAAUAGACGUAUGAAAUUUUCGCUUCACCCCAUAUCUGAGUAGUUCAUUUAAAAUCUUAGUGCCAACUUCCUUGUAGUAAGAAUAUGUAAAAAAUAUUUAACGACCAACUAAUGGAAAUUCUUGUCUUCCAGUAAACAUGAUUAAUUAAAUAAGGAGUUCGUAUUAAAAUAAAUAAUCAGUACAAAAGUUAUAUUACGCCACUAUUAUGGCGUAAAUGAGAAAUGGCGUAACUUAAUUUUGUUAUUGUAAUUUAGUUACGCCAUUAUUGUAAACAAAUAAUACUGACUAUACUGAUCUUACUAACUUUAAGUUUAGGAACGUUUUCGACUGUUUAUUUAUUAUUCUAUUUAUUAACUAAAAUUAGUAAUAGGUGAUUGUAAAUAAUUAGUAAAUUUUUCGUCAUAAUAAUAAUUUAUUUAUAUUCGUUUUUAGAUAUCAAUGCAUUUAGCAAAAAGACUUAUUUUUUAAUUUAUUGUAAUAGAGUUGAAUAUGGACAUUUUGAAAUAAAUAGAUGCUUUAAAGGCAUCAAUUUUUAAACGUUACUUGGUGAUCCAAAAUUUUUGUAAAUUACCAUUGAUUUACAUUAUUUUGUCAAUAGAAAUAUUUUAAAUUACAUUUAAAAAUUCUAUAAGGAAUGCUUCCAUAUUACAAUAAGGCUUGAUUUCAUAAUCUGUACAUUAAGUGUAAUAAAUGUGAAACCAAUUUU